GCUGGAUGGGGAGGAGGAGGAGGAGGAAGACUGUUUGCUGUUAGGACUCCCGCCUCGGAGACAGUGAAAGACAUGAGCGUGACUCUACCGGUUUCCCGCGGGAGGGAUGUAUUGGUUCUGGGCCCCUCGGUGUCUUUGCCUCCGGGGGUCGGAAUGGUGCCCGGGCCUGGGGCUGGAGCCCGCUCACUGCAUGUGGAGCUGCACACUCAGCAGAGACGUCUCCGUCACUUAAGGAACAUUGCAGCUCGGAACAUUGUAAAUAAAAAUGGAUAUCGACUCCUCGAUACUUACUUUACCCUUCAUUUGUGUGAUGAGAAAAAGAUUUACAGAGAAUUUUACAAGAGCGAAGUAGUAAAAGACUCUCUGAAUCCAACAUGGCGGAGCCUUGAUUUCGGGCUGAUGCCGGACCGCCUGGAUACAUCCGUAUCGUGUUUUGUGGUGAGGAUAUGGGGUGGCAAGAAUGAUGUGUGGCGACUGCUGAUCGAGUGGAAAGUGAAUCUGGAUGGACUCCGAUAUAUAGGCCCACAGAUCCAUGCUUCUAAUCCCAACGAAAUCAUUUUUGGCCUUAAUGAUGGGUAUUACGGGGCAGCAUUUGAGAGCAAGAAUCAUUCGGAGUCUCAGCGGAACAGUCAUCUGCAAGUGGAUCAGAGCACCGUUCGAAAUUCCUAUGGUGUCUUCUCUUUGCUAAGACUCCACCGGGCUCAGUGUGCAAUCAAGCAAACGCAAGUGACCGUUCUAAAAAUUGGAAAAGAGAUCGAAGAGAAACUCCGACUGACCUCUUCUAGCAACGAGCUGAAAAAAGAGAGUGAAUGUUUACGGCUGAAAAUACUGGUGCUUCAAGAUGAACUGGAGAGACAGAAGAAAUCUUUGGGGCGAGAGAUGGAAAUGCUGCAAAAGGAGCGGAAGUUACUAAACGACAGACGAAACGUAUUUAAUGUGGAUCGGGAGAAGCUGCAGAAACAGAAUGAAUCUCUCAGCGAAUUGAGGAAAGAAUGCACAGCGAAAAGGGAGCAGUUUCUAAAGACCAACGCUCAAUUUACGAUUCGUUGUCGGCAGUUGUUGUCCGAACUCUCGUAUAUUUAUCCGAUCGAUGCACCUGACCAAAAGGAUUAUUUCAUAUGUGGUGUGAAGCUGCCGAAUUCUGAGGAUUUUCAAGCAAAGGAUGAUGGGAGUGUGGCUGUCGCAUUGGGCUACACAGCUCAUUUGGUCUCCAUGAUUUCAUUCUUCCUCCAGAUACCUCUGCGUUAUCCCAUUCUCCACAAGGGCUCCCGAUCAGCCAUCAAAGACAACAUCAACGACAAGCUGACGGAGAAGGAAAGGGAGUUCCCUUUGUAUCCGAAAGGCGGAGAAAAGCUUCAGUUUGAGUAUGGAGUCUACCUUCUCAACAAAAAUAUUGCCCAGCUAAGGUAUCAGUAUGCCCUGGGCACUCCAGAUUUACGUCAGACUCUUCCGAACCUAAAGACCUUCCUGGAACAUGGAUUGAUGGUUAGAUGUGAUCGGCAUCAUAUGUCAAGUGCUAUCCCCGUUCCAAGAAGACCCACAAGCUCCACGUUUGUUAGUCAAGAUGUUGGGUUUUCCAGUAGGACUCCCACCCCUGACAAAGGACUGAGAAAACGAGCCAGCUCUGAUAAUGAGAACGUCCAGUAUAAAACUCCACCCCCCAGCUACAAAUCUGCCACGGCAGACCCCAUUGUAAUUUUGGUUCCUGAAAAAGAACCUGAAAAAAGACGUGUAGCCUCAUCUCUGGAUGCAAGUGUAAACAUUUCAAAGGAAGGCAGCAGUAAGGAAUUUUCUGAGAGCCUUCAUGGUGAUAGUAUAACCAAUGGCAGUAAUGACCAGAGCCAAGCCAAGCCUUUCUCUGAAACCUCCAGUGCAAUGAAUGGAACUUUAUUGCAAGGUGAAUCGGUUGCAUUUGUGAGUGGGGAGAUUCCCUGCAUUUCCCAAAGCAAUGACUUGUGUUGCACUGUGGAGCAGGCGGAGGAGAUAGUUGGGACAGAAGCAGCAGACUUUGCUUCGGCCGACCAACUAGAAGCAUUUAACUGCAUACCUGUGGACCACGCCGUGGCAGUGGAAUGCGAUGACCACGUUUUAGGGGAAUUUGAAGAGUUCUCCCGGAGAAUUUACGCACUUAGCGAAAACAUGUCCAGCUUUCGCAGACCACGGAAAGGUUCCGAGAAAUAAAGCUUUAAGAAGCAUUGGUAGAAUUCGCUACCAACUCAACAAA